AUGGCGCGCAGCAAGGACAGAGUGCCGCUCGUCAGUGUCGGCUUCGCGGUGGCGUCGCUGCUUCUCCUACUCUGCGCCACUCGGUGCGAAGCGAGGGCCAUGGCGGCGAGGCGACUGGGGAGCAGCAGCAGCAGCCCGCUGCUGAACGCGCUGUUCAAGCUCAACUUCAUCCGGACGGUGGAGCCACCGCGCCGGCUGCCCACUCCGACCGCCGACGCGGCCGACGCCGCGAGCCUCGCCGCGGGCGACACCAACUCGCCGUUCUGCGUCAACCCACCGGACGCGCCGUCGUCCACGACGCCUCCGUCCACGUCGUCCACGCCCUUCACGCCUUCGUUCCCGGGCCAGGCGCCGCCGCUGCCGCCGAUCACCCCCGUUCCGCCGUCCUUCGAGCCCAGCCCGCCGGAGAACGGCGCCCCGGGUGGAGGCCAGGGACAGGGUGGCGGCGAAGGACAGGGAGGCGGUCAAGGCCAGGGCGGAGGUCAAGCCAAGGGUGGAGGUGGUGGAGAUCAAGGCCAGGGAGGAGGUCAAGGCCAGGGGGGCGGAGCUCAAGGCCAGGAAGGCCCACCGGCAUCCACGAUACCGAACUCGCCGCCGCAGGUGGGUCCGAGCACGCCGUUCGGAUCGGUGCCGCCGAGCCCCAUCGUCGUGGUGCCGAACCCGCCGGGAUUCGGCCCUGGUCCCGGCUCCGGCUCCGGCUCAGGCGGCGGCGGCGGCGGCGGCCCGUUCCAGCCGCCGAUCGUGUACCCACCUCCGCUGGCGCCGCCGGGCGCCGGGCAGACGCUGUGGUGCGUGGCCAAGCCCACGGUGCCGGACCCCAUCAUCCAGGAGGCCAUGGACUACGCGUGCGGCUCCGGCGCCGAGUGCGACUCCAUCCUGCCCAGCGGCGCGUGCUACCGCCCCAACACCGUGCUCGCGCACGCCUCCUUCGCGUUCAACAGCUACUGGCAGCAGGCCAAGGCGAACGGCGGCACCUGCGACUUCGGCGGCACCGCCACCAUUGUCACCAGAGACCCAAGCUACGAGAAGUGCAAAUUUGAGCUUCUGUGA